AUCCAUCCGGUAACAUAACCGGGUGGGUACUGUAGUACCCCUUCUUUCCUAACUCAUUUUCUUCGCGAGACGGAUGCGAGCUUCAACAAAACAAUUCAAUUCUCGGAAUAGAAUACCGAAUGCAAGUAAAAACCCAUAAGGGUUUCCAAUUCUUGUUUGAUUACGUUGUAGCCGAUACGAUACGAACCGAAACGGAACCCGGAUUCUCCCAUUCUUGUUUUCCCUUUUGUCAUAAAGAGCCAGAGAACAUAUCUUCUUUUGAAUAUUUUCUUUGCUACAAAUCGAAGAAUCUAGCCAUACUUCUUCUCCCGAAAGUGUAUUUUAGGUCAAUAAAUUUUUGUUCAUUUAAAGUUGUAUAACGACGUCAUAGCGAUGUGCCGGAGGAAGAAGAUGAAGCAACGGAGCUUCACCUUCAACUUCUUCGUCUCUUGUUAACUUCAUGGCCUCUUCUCAGCACCGUUGUGUCUUUGUUGGAAAUAUACCUUAUGAUGCAACUGAGGAGCAGCUUAUAGAAAUCUGCAGAGAGGUUGGCCCUGUUGUGUCGUUCAGAUUAGUUCUUGAUAGAGAAACUGGAAAACCAAAAGGCUAUGGGUUCUGUGAGUAUAAGGAUGAAGAGACGGCUUUAAGUGCUCGUCGUAAUCUUCAUGGCUAUGAGAUUAAUGGAAGGCAAUUACGUGUUGAUUUUGCUGAAAAUGAUAAAGGGGCUGACAGAAAUCGAGAGCAGGGUCGUGGUGGACCAGGACUGGCUGUGAAUUUUGAACCGCAGAAACAAAUAGGGGGCCCGGCAAUCCAUGGGGAUGCUGUUCCUCUUCAACCAAUUGGUCUCCAUUUAGCUAUAACUGCUGCAACGGUUAUGACAGGAGCUUUAGGUGGUGCUCAGGUUGGUAUUCUGUCAAAUCAAAAUGGUGUGCAGAGUCAGGUGGCAUCAGCUAAUGAUCCCUUAACUCUUCAUCUAGCUAAAAUGUCAAGGAGUCAGCUGAAUGACAUUAUGUCUGAGCUGAAGUCAAUGGCCACCCAAAACAAGGAACUAACCCGUCAGCUAUUAUUGGCAAAACCUCAGUUGCUGAAAGCUCUUUUCCAGGCAGAAAUAAUGCUAGGAAUGGUGUCUCCUCAAGUGUUGCAGAUGCCAAAUCUUCUGCAAGGUCCUGGUCACCUUGUUCAGACUUCAUUACUAGAUGGUCUGCAGCAAGCAGUUCAACUUCCUGGGCUACCCCCGCUUGCACAGAAGGUGCAGUUGAUACCCAAAGUGCCAGAAGUUCAAGUAUCAGCUAUCUCUCAACAUUCUUUGCUUAAUAACCAAUUUUCUGCACCACUACAGCCUACUAUGCAUCUUCAGACUCAGCUUUCACAACAUGCCAAGAACCAAUCUCUACAACAAGCUGCAUUGCCUGGGCAGCCUGGAGUUCCAACACUCACUUCAAUGCCUUCAGUUAGACCUCCAAUUCAGGUGACAAAUUCCUCAUCCUUGAUCCAGCAACUACAACCUCAUUUGCUGGAAAACCCGAUACCGGUUACAGCUGCCGAUUUAGGGAAUAAAAAUUGGACAAAUAUUCCAAAAUCAGCUGUACGGCCCCCUCUUGUGCCACGCCCUCCAUCAUUGGAUGCUGGCUUCCAGCCUGGCACCUCAACGUCGUCAGACAUUGUACAGACAGUUAGCAAAGAUGCUGAUAGAUCUGGUAGACUUACUAAUAAUGCAACCUGGGCACACAGUAAUAAUGCAUUUUCAAGUAUGCCUAUGGGUGUAGCUGAGAAAACAAGCAUACUUAAUUAUUCUUCAGAACUGACACAACGCCCUUCAAAAUUGAUGAAAUUAGACGAUCAAAGCAGCUCUGCUUUCUCAGUGGGGCCUUUGAUUGCAUCCAAAACCAUUGGCUCUGCACCAUCCCAAGCAGCUGGAGUUGGUUUAGCGCCCAUAUAUCCAGUUCCUAAUGUAGAAGGGGUGAAAAAUUCUGAGAAUCAAAUUUCUCAGUCGCAGCUUCCCCCUGAUGUGGAAUCUGCCUUACUGCAGCAAGUGAUGAGUUUAACACCGGAGCAAUUGAGUUCCUUGCCGCUGGAACAGCGUCAACAAGUCAUUCAGCUCCAACAGGCACUCCUGCAAAAUCAGAUGCAGCCAUCGUAGCAGUGCCAUUGUCAAGCGGAUAGCAUCAUAUCUCCAGCUCGAGUAUUAAUGUAACUGCAGGCCAGUUACAUUAAACUAUGGACACCUGCAGUAGAGCUGCAAAAGCAUUAUAACAUUCAUGUAACGUCUAUAAGAUUUGUCAUUAGAAUGAGAAAAUUUUGUGUAACAUUCCCAAUUUCUGUAUAUUUUUAUUUUUUAAUUUCUCAAUUAGAUUUGCCCGUUGGCUGUCGUACUUUCUUGACAUUUGUUCCUUUAAGUAGAGCUAAUACAGCAAGACCUAAGUUUGGUAUUA